AUGUAUAAACAAAAAAAAAAAAAUCACCCCUUUCAAUGCAAAAAAAAAAAAAAAAAAAAAAAAAAAAAAAAAAAAAAAAUUAAAUUAUUAUUUAAUUAUUUUUUAUUUUUUAAUUUCAUCAUCACUACAUUUAGUGAUGAUAAACAAUUGGGUUUUAUUUUAUUUCAUUAUUUUAAAAUAAUUGAAGUAAUAAUAAAAGAUAAUUGA